GAUGGGAAGGAGCAGCAUCGGCGCCGCAGGAGAGAGAUAGAGAGGAGAGGCAGACUGUGGAGGAGAAGACGCAAAACCUCAUCUCUGCCUGGAGAUGAAAGAUACUUUUAUCUCACACUGAAGAAUCGGAUUUCACUUGGUGCAGCCAUGUAUUUCGGUAACGUGUGUCCCAGCGUUCUGCCGCCGCUGGCUCGUCCCACGCCGAGCAGGACCCAAACCUCCCCAGAUGUGAAGACCCCCGUCCCCUUCCACCUGCUGCCUCGAUUCACAGACAUGGAUCAUGUCCAUAAAGCUCUGAUUGGCCCAGGUUUCGGGCUAACCUCUCCGCUGAAGAGGAAGGCCAGCUCCUGUGGAGUCUGUCGACUGAGGUUCAACUCUGAGGUGCAGGCUUCUUCCCAUUAUAGUGGCACCAAACAUGCAAAAAGGCUGAAAGCUCUGGACGCCCCAGAUUCAAAGAUCAGGACCUCUGAACCAGUCACCAAGGAAACCACAUUGCAAAUCCUCUCGUCACCCUGCUCACAGCCUUCCAGCUCUGACACAACAUCAGGAGAACCCUCAGGCCCAAACCUUAUCUCAGAGGAGGCCCCGUCAACCGGCAGCCCUUCUGAAACCAUGAAAACGUCCCACGACCCCUCCCUGUCACCCUGCCCAAAGACACCAGAGAAAGAGACACAAAGAGAUGGAGAGGCAGAGGCGGCUCCAGAGGGGGAAACAGAAGAAGAGAAAGCCAUACGUCUUCUCUACUGCUCCCUCUGCAAGGUGGCGGUCAACUCUGCCUCCCAGCUGCAGGCCCACAACGGCGGCACUAAGCACAAAACAAUGUUGGAGGCAAGGAGUGGUGACGGAGCCAUCAAAUCUUUCCCAAGGACGGGGGUCAAGGCCAAGUUGGCCGCGCCAUCUGAGUUGUCAACUGGCCUCCAGAACAAAACUUUCCAUUGUGAGAUCUGCGAUGUGCAUGUCAACUCCGAGACUCAGCUCAAACAGCACAUCAGCAGUAGGAGACACAAGGACAGAGCUGCAGGUAAACCAGCCAAGCCUAAGUUCAGCCCCUACACUCCCAGCCAGCGUCACCAGAGUUUCCAGGGAAUUCGCCUGGCUCUACAGAAAAACCAAGACUUGCCCAAACCUCUGGCCUCUUGUCUCCUGCAGCGUCAACUCUCUGUCGCUGCUGCUGCUGCCAUGGCAUCGCUGCCCUCCUUCCCUCUCCGCCCUGCCUCGAACUCGAGCCCCGCACUGUUUCAGAGUCAGCCCCUCCCCCAGGCACUGCUGCAUCCAGCCCCUGGACCCAUCUGUUCGGCACACACGCAGGUUCUGUUUUCCCCUUACUGACCCCGUUGAUGUCUCAAUCAGCUCUGUGCAGAAGCUAAAAGCAGACCUGAACAAGAUGUGAUGUAAGACUGCGCUUACUGUACUGCACGCAACAGCAGAUACUGUGGAUGUCAUGGACUGGAGAUUAACCCGGGAUGGAGGAAAUACAAAGCAGCAAAUGAGCAAAGUAUUUUCUGAUGUGACCGUGUGUGCGUGUGGAUGUGUGUGAGUGCAUGCGCAGUUAUAGCCAUCACAGAAGUACAGCUUUUUACAACUUGUUUGCUGCUCUACUGCUUCAUUCAUCUAGUUUUAUAGAUACUGAUGAUCUGUACGACAAUCAGGAAAUUCCCGUAAUCCCUUAAUUCAGUAUAAGGAAGAUGCAUGAUGGUGAACUUCCAUGAUGACUAUAGCUGUGUGUGUUUGUGUGUGCAGAUAUGCAUAUAAGUAUGAAUUAGAGCAUGCACGACUGAAAAUGUUUAUUAUUUUCCAAUAAAUAAUAGCUGUGGAUACUCAUA